UCGACUGUUCACCGCGAUAACUCCAGAGUUCUGCUAAUGCGCGCUAAAACGCGCGAAUGCUGAGUUCACGACGACUCGGAACUCUGGAUCUCCCCACUGAAAACUCCAAUUUCUGUCUUCAGAGCGUUCCAGACAUUGACAUUAGACAUUGUUGUGUGAUGUCAGACAUUUGAUUCUCCAAGAAGUCUCUGAAUUUCCUGAGUGGGAGCACCGACAUUUAGUCGGUGCACUUUUUAAAGUAGGAAGUCGGAAAAUCCUGAGUUCCGAGUCGGCUGGAACGCAGCAUAACCUUUUCCUUCGCGCGCAUGACCGUCAGACCGCGGCAUCCAGGGUGAAAGAGUACGACAAACACGUGUUUCAAGCAGAUGGAUGAGUUCGGCGUCUCUUCUCCUCGCAGGACCAGGUUACACACACAGAGGAAAAGAGCGGAAAGAGGAAAUUCAUCUGGAAAACAUGUUGAUAAGACUACAGAGGCCCCAACUGCCAAGGCUGCCAUGGACAUCCUGAGAAAGGAAAGGGACAAGUGGAAAGCACGUGCUGAGUUCCUGGAGGAAAAGCUUUCAGAUGUCACAUCAGAACGUGAUAUUUGCAGGACUCAGCUCUCUGAUGCUUUGGCAAGUCUCAAGAGGGCUCAACAAUCCAGAAGAGAAGACAGUGAUGAUGAAGCGAUGGGGGGAUCUCAGAUGCAGCAUGACAGUGAAGACGACAGUGAGGACGACUCUGAGUCCAGCUCUGAUUUGUCAGAGAGUUCCGAUUCGUCAGAGAGUUCCGAUUCAUCACCGGACAGAAAGAGGAAGAGGAAGGGGAAAGGGAAGAGAAAGAAGAGAAAGAGUAAGGGGGGGGGGGGGGGGGCGAGGAAAAGCAAACAUGGCUCUCGCCAGCGGGGUAUGUGA